GUGUACGUGACAGUUUGUUAGCAAGUUGUCGUGGAAACUAGCUAAAUGGAGGGAUUUUGAAGCUAGCUAAGGACGGCUUCGGUGUCGAGAAGGAGUUCAUUUCGACUGCCUAAGUCUUUGCACAAAUUAGCCAGUUUGCCAACUAGUUAGACCUAGCAAUAUAUUGGCUUCAAACUGCAAAGUUAUCAUUGAGUCGCUAACUAACGUAGCUAGCACACUGACUGUGUGCGCGGGCAAGGGCGGUAAAGAGCUGGAAAAGUAAGUAUAAUCGACAACAUCAUGACCCAACAAGGAGCAGCACUACAAACCUACAACAAUGAGCUAGUCAAAUGUAUCGAGGAGCUGUGCUCUAAGAGGGAUGAGUUGAACCGUCAGAUACAGCUGGAGGAGGAGGAGAAGGGUCGUCUACAACACGACAUCCGUGUCCUCACUGAGAAGCUAAGCCGGGUCAAUGAGAGCCUGGCCCGACGACUCACCGCCCGCGCUGACUUUGACCGCACCAUAGCUGAGACAGAGGCUGCCUAUAUGAAGAUUCUGGAGAGCUCUCAGACACUGCUGAGUGUACUAAAGAAGGAAGCGGGAAAUCUCGGCAAAGCCACUGAACCCAGAGGGAAAGACCACUGAUGUCCAUACCACCUUCCCUCUCACCCAGACACCAGCAAUUCCCCUCACCAUCUUAUCUAGAACUGUGGACUGUUUGUAAUAUAUUUAUGUAAAAAUGUCUAAUUCUGCUCUUUACUGUUGUACUUACUUUAUAUCAAUUGAAUUAUUUUAAUAAAGACUCUUUGAAGAUUC